AUUGUAGGCUGUACACUCAGGUCUUCUGCCAUUUGCCGGCCAACCCGUACACUCACGUCUUCGCCGACUUGGCGUCCACCCCGUACACUCACAUCUUCUGCCAUUUGCCGGCCAACCCGUACACUCACGUCUUCGCCGACUUGGCGUCCACCCCGUACACUCACAUCUUCGACCGCACGGCGGCCACCCCGUACACUCACAUCUUCGACCGCACGGCGGCCACCCCGUACACUCACAUCUUCGCCGACUUGGCGUCCACCCCGUACACUCACAUCUUCGGCCGCACGGCGGCCACCCCGUACACUCACAUCUUCGACCGCACGGCGGCCACCCCGUACACUCACAUCUUCGGCCGCACGGCGGCCACCCCGUACACUCACAUCUUCGGCCGCACGGCGGCCACCCCGUACACUCACAUCUUCGGCCGCACAUCGGCCACCCCGUACACUCGCCACCUUCGCCUUGAAGACCGCUGCUGCUCCGAAGCCUGGCUGUAAGAGCUCCGCUGCCACCGCCACCGCUGCCAGCGGCAGCGGCUGCCCCGCCAGGUAA